AGGGGCAGCAGUGGAGGGUUUCUGAGCAUGGAUCCCACCAUCCCAGGCUGGGCGAGCGCACUCACACCAAUGAACGGAAGUGACCAGGCCCUUCCACAGACUUUCAUUGUGGAGUUCCUGAUCCCGACCUUUCUGACCCUCAUACCUGCCCUGGGUGGGCUGGCAGGAAACGCAGUUGUGCUCUGGGUCCUGGGCUUCCGCCUGAGGAGGAACGCCUUCUCCGUUUACAUCCUUAACCUGGCAGGGGCCGACUUCCUCUUCCUGUCCUUCCAGACUGCAUUUGCCCUGGAGGAACUCAUCAGCUCCUUCCACUCCACCUCCAGGUGCAUCCCCAGCUUUGUCUUCCCUGUGCCGACCUUUGCCUACCUCGCAAGCCUGAGCAUCCUCAGCGCCAUUAGCGUGGAGCGCUGCCUGUCAGUCCUGUGGCCCAUCUGGUACCGCUGCCACCGCCCCAGACACACGUCAGCUAUCAUGUGUGCCCUGCUCUGGGCCCUGUCCCUGCUGCUGAGCCUCCUGGAGGGGAGGUACUGUGGCCUCCUGUUUAGGGAUUUUGACGUUGAUUGGUGUCUGGUGUUUGAUUUCAUCACUGCAGCAUGGCUGAUCUUCUUAUUUGUGCUUCUCUCUGGGUCCAGUCUGGCCCUGAUGGUCAGACUGCUGUGCGGCUCCCAGCGGAUGCGGCUGACCAGGCUGUAUGUGACCGUGGUGCUCACAGUGUUGGCCUUCCUCCUCUGCAGCCUGCCCUUUGGAAUCCAUUGGUUCCUCUUGAUCUGGGUUCAGAAUGGCUUGGAUGAACUAUAUUAUCUGGUUGUAACUGUCCUGUCCUGUGUCGGUAGCUGUGCCAACCCCAUCAUUUACUUCUUCGUUGGCUCCUUCAGGCAGCGGUGGCCAAAGAAGCACAAAACCCUCCAGCUGCUUCUCCAGAGGGCUAUGCAGGACGCAUCAGAGGUGGAUGAAAGUCAGGCCGGCCUUCCUCAGAAAAGCCAGGAGCUGUCAGGAAGCAGCCUGCUAUGCUGACUCAGAGUCUCUGCUUCAGUCAGACAGAUGUGGCUUUGAGAGCCAGCAUUGUCCCUGUCAUUUUGGGAGAUUUUCUUAACUUCUCUCAGCCCCUGGGCCUCUGAUCUUAAAACAGUUAAGAUAAUAAUCCUCACGAAGAUUAAGCAAGACAGGGCCCAUUACACAAACACGGAGCGCAGUGUGUCAAGGACUGCUUGCCCAGGGCCUUCACCUGUCACUAGGUGAACUUUGCAAACUCUGGGCUCCACUUUUGAAGAUUCACUUUCAUCACAGGCUGCAAGUAGUGCAGGAAAGGCCUAAAUUUGGUUACUGCGUUUGGCAGGGACUAAAAGAUCAUUUCACUUUUGACAAGACUCUGUGGUCACUUUCCUACUAUCUGUCUCAGUAAAAUUAAAAGAAUUAAAGUCCAAUCUAGCCCCAAAGAGCAGUCUUCUUUGAUUUUGGCAGGCCUUAAAAUAUCUCCCUAGCUUAAUAAAUGUUUAUUGGAGAAAUGACUUAAUGAAUGAAUAGAUUAAUUUUUAAGGCAAACCUGUGUGCUAAAUCUCCAUUUGCUAAAUUUGAAUCACCAUCUUUAAGUUUAUUGUUUUCCCCAUCUUCCACUUUUGCAAGGAUGAAGUUACAUUUUAUAACCAGAUUAAUUAACAUCAAAUCUCACUUAAAGUUGGAGGUAAGUUGUCCUCCUGUGGGCCUUUCACGCCCUCCAGGGGAAUCCCACUGCCCCCCACGCAGUCCCAUGUCUUUGACUUUUCCCUGACCCUCCCUCUCUGGGGCUCGCUGAUCCUUCCUGGAAGGUAUCGGUGGGUCUUUUUAGACUCUAUGUUCUCUGAGGACAGGAUCUAUGUCAGACUGGCCUUUUAUUCCAAAAAGCUCACAUUUAUUUUGUUAAUCUGAUUACAGAAAGAGAUUUUUUAACUUGCAUGUUCUAUAAAAAUAAUAUAUUAAGUUUAAAUGUUGCCUCUUGGAAUCGUUUUUUUGAUUGAGGUACAAUUAGGAGAGAGUGAUUGCACAGAUCAUAAGCGUGCAGUUCAAUGAGUUUUGGCAAUGAUACACCCAUGUGACUCAAAGUUCCGUCAAGCCAUAAUACAUUUUCCUCCCCUCUGAAUGUUCCCUCAUGUCCCUCUCAGACAUUCCUUGUGACCCAGAGGCAACUAUUGUUCCUACUUCUGACACCAAAGAUUAGCUUUGCUUAACCUUUGACUUUAUACAUUUAGGAUGAUACAAUGUAUUUUUUUUGUUCCUAUCUUCUUUUACUCAGCAAAAUAUUUGGGGGAUUUACUUGUGUCAUUGCAUUGCAUGUAUCAAUCCUGUGUCUCUUUUAUAAAGCUGUGUACUCUUUCACUGUGUGGUGGUACCACAGUUUAGUGUGCAUAAUAUUCCAUUAUUGGCUAUUGUAAAUA